AGAGAGAGAAAUUAAGAGAGUGAUGACCGACGCAUUGAACAGAGAUUACAGAGUUUGUAACGAGAUCGGACGUGGUCGAUUCGGCGUCGUUUCACGGUGCUAUUCGGCGGUUUCCGGCGAGGUUUUCGCUGUCAAAUCUAUCGAUAAGAGUCUAGUCUCCGGUGACUCGAUUGAUCGGCAAUGCCUUUACAAUGAGGUUAAGGUAAUGCAAAUUCUCUAUCCAAAUCCUAAUAUCGUUCGUAUAUUUGACGUUUACGAGGACGAUUCAUAUCUACACAUCGUUAUCGAGCUCUGUAACUCCGGCGAUCUUUUCCAACGAGUUGAGGAACGUGUUUUAUCGGAAGAUGAAGCGGCGAUUGUGAUGUUUCCACUUAUGGAUGCAAUCGCACAUUGUCAUAGAAGAGGCAUUGCGCAUCGCGAUAUAAAGCCGGAUAAUAUAUUGUUUGAUGAACGUGAGAGGCUGAAACUUGCGGAUUUUGGAUCGGCUGUUUGUUUUAGAGAAGGUGAGAUUAUGUCUGGAAUUGUUGGAACUCCUUAUUAUGUUGCACCGGAGGUGUUAUUGGGGAGAAAUUACUGUGAGAAAGUUGAUGUGUGGAGCGCUGGUGUGAUUUUGUAUAUAUUGCUUACUGGAGUUCCUCCUUUCUACGGCGAUUCUCCGUCGGAGAUAUUUGAGGCUGUAUUACGAGGUAAUCUUAGGUUUCCGGCUAGACUUUUUCAUUCCGUAUCGCCGGCUGCGAAAGAUCUACUCCGGAAAAUGCUCUGUAAAGACGUCUCUAGAAGAUUCUCUGCUGAACAAGUUCUCAGACAUCCAUGGCUGGCUGAUAAGGAAUAAACAUGGGUUUUGUAACUUGAGAAGUAGUACAUAAAUAAGAAUAAAGUUCAUAUAAUGAACAAGUAUAUAGAGGCAUAUGGAAGGUUAAGAUUUAAGACUAAGAAAUGUAGAUUCUACCUUUAUAUAUAUAUAUAUAUAGUUAGCCUUUUUAGAAGCUGUGACUACAAGUAUUAUGAACUUGUUUCAUGAGAUUUAUAGUCUUUAAGGGUUUUGAUAUUAGUAGAACCUGUUUCCAGUUUCACUUGCUUUAAAUUUUAGC